AUGCCUGGUUUAAGGCACUCGUUUGAGAGAAGUGCUCCGAACUUGGACGAUUGCAUUGGGGUAGAAAGUUGCGUUGAUUGGGUUCCCGGUGUAAAUUUCGCCGGAAUCGGAAUACCAAAUAAAACAAGUACUGCCAGGGAUCAGCGGAGGAGGAAUAAGCCGGAGAAGAAGAUUGAUGAGGAGAAGAAGAAGCAGUUUCCGCCGCCGCUUCCUUGGUUAGCGCGCACGGAUAACUUGUAUUCUUUUAUGAAACGGGAUUACACUGACGACGGAAGACUGGUCAUCAGAGAAGAAAAAGUUGAGAAGCAAGAUUUUCUCCGGGCAGACCGUUCCGUUAACGGCCGUCUCACUCUUCGUCUCGUACCCAUUACGGACAACAAAGACGAAGGUGUCUACGCCGCCGACGAGGAGGAGGAAGAGGAGGUUGACGGCGUUUUGGAAGAAGAAGUAGAAGAAGAAUCAAGAAUACUGAAUCUUGAAGACGGGUCUUUCGUCGGAAAUGAAGUGCCGGUUGAAGACAACGGCGGGGAAGACGACAACGGUGGAGGAGGGAUGAUUUACAAGCACUGUAAUCAGAGUAGGAGGAAUUCUUGCAUCUUUGACGGAGGAGGUGGAGUGGCGGUGGCAGCGGUUCGAUCUGUUCAUACAUAA